AUGAGCAAAAUUUUAUUGACUGGUGCUACCGGCUAUGUCGGUGGCACAGUACUGUCUGAACUUCUCGCCAACACCGCCCCCCAGCUCAAAUCUCUCACAUUAGACCUUCUUGUCCGCAACGAGUCUCAGGCAAUCAUUUUGAAAAAAGCGUAUGGGCAUCGCAUCAACACAAUCAUAUGGCAGGGCCUACACGAUACGAUCUUCAUCGAACAAUUGGCCGCCAACUAUGAUAUUAUCAUCAACACAGGAUCUGGCUUCAUCGCAGAAGGUGCUGUUGCUUUUGUGAAUGGUUUAGCUCAACGAGUGGCAAAAGACAAACCCGCACCCUGGAUGUUGCAUAUAUCCGGAUGCACAAACCUUGCAGAUCGUCCACUAUCACAACCGUCUGUGCCAUGCCGAGAAUGGAAUGACGCUAGAGACGGGUCGAGGAUCUACGAACAUAUGACGCUUCUUGACUCACAGGACCCGUAUCCUCAACGAACUACCGAGCUGAGAGUGCUGCAAACUGCAUCUGUCACUGGUGUUCAAGCAAUCAGUGUUAACACUCCUUGCAUUUUUGGAGAGGGAAGUGGCUUGUUCAAUAGGCAAGGGCUGGUUGUUCCUCUUGUUAUGAUGUAUGUGUUACAACACGGCUAUGGCUUUCGACUCAGCGACACUGCCAACUUCGACCGUGUUCAUGUCCUUGACCUUGCCGAGAUUUAUGUCCGUCUGGUACAGACUAUAUUAGAGCGGCCUGAUCGCGGCGUUGGGUAUAUUCCUACCGGCCAUCACGGUAUUCUCUUCGCGGAAGCCGGUCGAGUCCUUAUCGAAGAGAUCAAUCAGAGAUGCCUUGACGUGGCUUUCUCAGAUGGCGUUCUCCCACGGAAGGGCACUCCGAAGGAAAAGGAAACCCGUCUUGUCUCCCUCCGGGAGAUUGCCGAUGAAAUCACAGCAGGACAAAUCGACAUCGCAGAACGUGGCUGGGCCGGCCAUAAGGCUACGAAGGCAGUUUAUGCGCGUGAGAUUCUAGGUUGGUGUCCCCAAAGGCUUGAGGACGCUUGGCAGACCACAUUCUUGGACGAGCUUGUCGCCGUGAAAGAGGGCCGGAGGAAGUUGACAAUGGAGGGUUGUAUUGGAACAACUCAAAUAAGCUGA